GAUAUGAGUAUGAUAUAGGAAGAGGAGGAUGGAGAUUUGGGUGAUGUAGAAAUUGCCUUCGGAUAAGCUGAGGUUUAUUCCCAGUUGACACGUGGCAGAGACCCCCUACUUCGCCGGAAAACUCUCUACCCCGGUGGCCCUCGACGAAGCUCUGCUGAAAGAUAGUUUUUCCCUUAGUUUGAAGUAGAUAUGGUGUCACUGCUAACAUUGCCUUCAACCAAUCAUGUGUGGCCUAGUUCGUCCUCUCAGCUAGGCCUGUACAAGCACAGUCAGUUUCGAAGAAGUAUUACCUUCGUUGUGAGGUCUGAGCAUUUGCCAUCGACUUCAGCUUCUCCAUGCGAAGAUGGACCUGGAAGACGGAAACUCCUGGCCUUGGGAGUGACAGUUGCCCCUUGGUUAUUCAUGUCUCAGCACGCAGCAACAUUUGCUGCAGAAACAAAGAAGGGAUUUCUCCCCGUCACUGAUAAGAAAGAUGGAUAUACUUUCGUGUAUCCCUUCGGAUGGCAGGAGGUCGUUGUUGAAGGACAAGACAAGGUCUUCAAAGAUGUUAUCGAGCCUCUUGAAAGCGUCAGUGUGAAUAUAAUCCCCACAGCCAAACAAGACAUUCGUGACUUUGGCCCCCCACAGGAGGUUGGCGAAACUCUAAUUCGGAAGGUCUUGGCUUCUCCUACUCAAAAAACAAAGCUGAUUGAGGCAUCAGAGCACGACGUGGAGGGGAAAGCAUAUUACACAUUCGAGUUCCUUGCACAAGCUCCAAACUACACCCGUCAUGCUUUGACUACAGUCUGCAUUGGCAAUGGAAGGUUCUACACAGUGACAACAGGCGCGAACGAGAGGAGAUGGGAUAAGAUGAAAGAUAGACUGAAAACUGUGGUCGAUUCGUUCCAGAUUUUCAAUGUCUGAAAGUUGGAUGUGCGUUUGCACACGCGUUUCUUGUUCUUCAUUUAAAACAUAAACUAGAGGCUAUUCAUUCACUGUAGAUAUGAGCAAUUUUCUCUCAACAACUAAUACUCUGCAGAUUCUGUGUUAUAUGUAUCUCACCAAAGAUAUGCAUCAACAAUGGUAUAUAUAUCUCGUCAUAUUCUCGAGUCA